AUGUUUGCUUUCUUUCAUUUAGAUGCAACCCACACUGUAGCAAGUGUUCGUGAUCAUGCACGUGAAGCAUUCAUUGCAAGAACAAAUGUGGAUCAACUGCAAGCUCUUCCAGUCUAUAAUCAUAUGUUUAGUGAUCUUCGUCAAUAUCCUCGUUUUGAAUAUCGUAUGCAAUCAAAUGACAACGUGCCACCUCACAUAAAUCGACAAUGGCAAGGACAAAAUGAAGCACAUCAAGAACAAAUUGCCUUAUCAAAACUAUUUACUGGGAAUGAUGCAUUUGUUGUGCAACCUCGUACCUUUGCUCAUGUGGAUGUUGGUGGAAGAGAGCGAGCAAAAUUUUUCCGUAAACCGUUGUUACCAUUUGUUGAAAAUAUUCAACCAUUAGUGGUAUUGGAUACAACAAGAUCAACUACAUUUGAUGCAGGUGAUAAACAUCACGGAAUGCCAGGCACUCGAGUUAGUACAUCCUAUCAAUCACGUAAACCGCGUCCGACAAUGGAGACGCAGGCUACAAGAACACAAGGAAUUCAAACUGAUUAUAUGGAGCGUGAAGCACAAACGGACCCUUAUACACCAGAGUAUGUGUGUAAACCAGGGGAACAGCCAGAAGUGUUAACAUUAGCGACACUUAUGCAUAAUAAAGGUUUGCCAGCUGGGUUAGCUGAAGUCGAAAUGAUCGAACGUGCACGUGCUAAACGUGCUUGGGAAGCGAGUUUACCGUCCUUAAGUGACGGAGAUCAAUGGGAUAAAAGAUUUAAAAUGAUGUCAGAAAUGGAAAGACAUGAAUGGUUAUUAAGAGAAAAUGAAAUUGAAAAAUUACAAAAUAUACGCAUCGAAUUAUUAGAAAGUUUGUUGCGAGACAAUGAAUCAAGACGUUAUGAUACAUCGAUAAAUCGUAUCAAUAAACAAUGGAGUCAAAAACAAAUUGAGAGAGAAGAUUAUGUGAAAAAAAAUCGACUACAUUAUUUAAGAGCGAUUCGAUCACUACUGCUUAAACGUCAACAUGUUGAAACAAAAUACGAAAAAACGGACGUUAUCAGAGAUUAUACCCGUUAUGAAUCAGAGUCCUAUGCACCAUUAACAAGACACGGAUAUUUUCCAGAUAAAUUAACCGAUAAAUAUAUUGUUAAAAACAGAUACUUAGAUACAUAUCAAGGUUUACUGGAAUUAGAGUCAACGUUACCCUCAUCUGCUCUGAAAAUAAAACUUCAUGCACCAAAACGUAUAAGCACAACAAAAGCUGGAUUUUUGAAACGAAAUUAUAGAAGAGAGAGAGAUCUUGAAAAUAUUUAUAAUGACAUCAUAAGUGAAAAAAUGAAAGAACCAGAAGAACCAAAACCAUUAAGAUUUCUUGUCAAAGUUGAGAAACCAUUACCACGGCCGCCUACACCUGGUGUCGAUGUUCCUGAUCUUGAUAAUGAAGAACGCGAAGUCGGACUUAUUUAUUUACAAAAAAUAAUACGUGGAAGAGCAAUACAAAACAUGAUGUAUAGAGGUAAAGAAGAACGUAUUGAAUUAAUUAAAGAGAUGCGUAGUACACACGCAUUACAAGAAACAGACAUGAGGGAGAAAAAAUUGCGAAAACAAGACGUACAAGUGCAACAACAUGAACGACGAAAAGAUGUUAAACGGGAAGAAUUUAUCGAUUCGGUACUACAAACAUAUGAAGGUGAAGCAAUUAGUGAUGUAGUCGACUUUCUUAGCAAAGAGCUAAUACGUUUACAAGAAGAAAGACGAAUUGAAGCAUUUGCUAUAUUAGCUGAAAGAAACAGACGUUUAAGAGAAGCUGAAGAAUCUGGUUUAAGACAAGUAUUGGAACGAAGAAGAAGAGAAGAAGAUGAAAUAUUUAAACAAUUAUUGAAAAUGACUCAAAAUACGGUUGAUACAUAUUUGGAGGAUAUAAUAUUAGAUUCAAUGAAUGAAUGUGCUAGUGAACAAGCGAGAAUAGAAAUUCAAGAGAAAGCAGUUAAAAUAAACGAAAUUGCCAAUGAAAUUGAACAAAGACGUACACAAUUUGAAUCGGAAGGAAUUGUUGCUGAACUUGUACAUGGAUUUUUAAUACCAGAAAUUGCCAAACAAGAAAGUCGAGCAAAAGUACGUCAAGCACAGCAAAAAUAUUUGAUGGCUGCACAUGACCUUAUCGAAGGUUGUUGUUCUCAAUUGCCCGAGAACGAAGAAUUAGCAAAACAAACUGAUGAAUUUAAUGACAAUGAAAAUAACGAUAAUAUUGAACAUUAUGUAACGGAUAGAGAACCGUUCGAAGAACAAGAACCAGAAGUAAACGAAGAGGAACUAUAUGAUCAAGGAAGAGAAAAACAAGAGGAUUAUGCUGAGCAUAAGAGUGAUGAGCGAGAUGAGGAAAACGAAGAAGCAAGGCAUACAGGUGAAGAAAAUGAUAAUGAUGAAUAUUAA